AUGUAUUCCGACGCGUAUGUCACCGACUUCGACAGCGAUGACGACGAGAUCGUAUGGUCGCGCGACGAUGACGACUGCGACGACGAUGACAGCGUGUCCACGGUCACACGGCAGUCGCGUCCGCGCGUGUACGAAUUCGGCGAGUUCGUGGAGAAUUACGGCUGGGUACAAUGCCCAUCUAGGAGCCAACAGGGCCGUCUGUACUUUCACAACAUGCACAGCAACUGCAACACGUGGUACAGACCUGUCUCGCGCUACAUCGACGUCCCGUCUGUUCCCCUCGAAAAGGCACAUUGCACGGAUAAUCAAACGAUGGACGAUUUGGAACUGAUGUCGAUAUCGGACGAUGAGAAAGAACAGAACCCGCCAGUCGCGACUUGCGAUAACAACGGAUUGUUGCUGAUGGAAAUGCCACCGCGUAUUCUCGUGCAAUGGUACGACGACCCUCGGAUGAGCUCGACCUCCGAUGUGGAGAGCAACUUCAGCGAUUCGAACGACGGAAGAAACGAGGACAGCAGCAACAACAACGGCGACGACGAUGAUGAUUCGCAGCUGCAACAUUCGUUGUUCUCCAUCGAGAAUUUUCUCGAGACCGAAAUCCUGGUGAGCGAGGGUGAAGUGAACACCGAGUGCCGCCAAAGGAUCAAGGAUGACGACGAUAACGCUUCCACCAGAUCGUUAUCGUCCGUCUCCACCGAGCCUAGACAAGUCGUAUACGGUGCUCCGUGUUUGAAAAAAAUCGGCUUCGAGGAUCAAGUGGUCAAGUGGCAAGACACCUGCGUUCCCAGGGAUCAAGGAGGACCCAGGAAGAUCAUUUGUGAGAUGUAUGGCGUGAAGACAAUCAGUUACGACCUACCCGGACCGGACGAAGUGCGACCGGAGGCGGGUGUAAAGUCGACGAGGUUGAGCGACAGCGAUAGUGACGACGGCGGGUUACCUCCGUCGUUGCAGCCAGAAGUGACAAUGAACACGUCAUUUUCAUUGCAGUCGAACUGGUGUGAUUUCACGAAGGGCAUGUAUCAACCCUCACUGAGCGACUCGAGCUCCAGCUCCAGUGGAAGCACCAGCUCCAGUGCGUCCACGUGUUCCACGUGCUCUACAUGCUACACAUCGUGCGAGUGA